UCACCAUCAUUACAUCCAUACUUUCUCACACAUAUAAGAGAUCAAUGGAUCCAUUGAUUUCUGGGACCAAGAUGUUUAUCAAGGACAUCCUUAUGAAUACGCAGUCUGUACCAUGCUUUUUACAUCGUCUCUCCUGCUCGGAACCUUGGGCUUGUUGUGCCUGGCAGGCCCUCUGCCACCGAGAAGCAUUGCUCCCACCGUUCACCUUCAAGACACCGACAUCUGGUUUACUGGAAUCGCCACCAGCAAGAUUGAAUCUUUCCUCAACAUUCGUUUCGGUGAGGACACAAGUGGCAACAACCGCUUUGCCCCUCCGAAAUCGUAUGCCUACCCGGCCGGCUCGAUAGUGAACGCCACUCAAGCUGGCACAGCUUGUCCACAGCGGAAAGUCCCUCUGGCGGAUUUCCCUGUCUUUGACAACCUCACCAAUAUAUCCGAAGACUGUUUGACUUUGCGGAUAGAACGGCCAAUUAACACGUCAGCCUCCGACCGACUACCGGUGCUGGUCUUUAUCUACGGAGGCGGCGAUACAAUUGGGCAAAUCUACGAUUCCGCCUAUGAACCUUCACUUUUGGUAGCCGGCGCUGCUCAGCGUGGUCUCCCAAUUGUUUAUGUAGCCAUGAACUACCGUCUGGGCGUCUUCGGGUUUGCCUCGUCACCAGCUUUGAAUGAGUCUGAUUCACUGAAUGUCGGCCUGCUUGACCAGCGAUUGGCUCUGUGGUGGAUUCAGGACCACAUUGAGGCUUUUGGUGGAGACCCUGAUCGGGUCACCAUCUUUGGCGAAAGUGACGGCGCGACGGGAGUGGGCCUGCAGCUGACAGCCUAUGGAGGACAGGAGUCCAAGGUGCCUUUCCGCAGAGCCAUCAUGCAAUCAGGCGGUGCCUCUGCAGAUCCAGGCACAGCCACGACUAUAUCAGCUCAACAUACUGCUGAAUUGAUUGAAAUGGUUAAUUGCACCUCUCAUGGUGGUUCUGCUCUCAGUAAAAGCAGGGAGGAGCUUCAAUGCCUGCGUCAGCUUGCCCUGCCAACCCUUUUGAGCACAGCGAAUGACUACGAACUCACUUUCGACGGGGGGCUUGAUGUGUUUUUUCCGACAUCACCGUCGACCUUUGUUCCAGACAGUCCGUCGACACUGCUUAAAACCGGUCACUUCGCCCGUGGCAUCGACAUCAUUUCCGGCUGGUGCGAGAAUGACGCAUCUCUAUUCACGCCUACGAGGAUUGCCUCCUCGAGUGAUGUUUCUGAGUAUCUGCUUGGAGCCUAUUCCGGCCUCUCAAAUGCCACAAUAAAGAAGGCUCUGGAACUCUACCCCGUUUCUCAAUUCUCUAACGACACCUCCGCGAAGCCUCCUGUUUCGGCACAGUACUUCAGAGCUAGUCGAAUGCAGCGCGACCUCGAGUACACUUGUGUGAGCUUGUUGACAGCAGAGGCCAAUGCUCGGUACGCCACCAGCAGCCAUGUCUCGAACUACCUUUACGUCCUGAAUCAAACCAUAUUCUCCGCAUUCUUCGAGAAGAAGGGCGUGCCGUACUACGGCGUCUCUCACUUCAGUGACAUUCCCUACAUAUUCAAUUCGGCUUCUCAUGGAGUAUAUGGCUCGGUGGCUACAGAGUCUGAUCGCCAGCUUGCUUCGGCAAUGGGCGCUAGCUGGGCUUCCUUUGCAACGUUUGGCGAUCCGUCGCGUGGCAACGGCACCAUCACCGGAUGGUCCCGAGCCUUGCCGGCCGGGGCUGGGCUCGGGCCUUCCGCCCCGCAACUGCGGGUUCUGGGCGGGUCUACCCCGGGCAAUCAUUACAAUGAGCAGUUGAUGGAGCGUUGCGCUUUCUGGAACUCGCCCCACGUGCUGGCUGAAAUAGGUGUUUAGCCUUCUUACUUAUGAGCUAUCUGCUUGGCCGAAUCGUCUGAACUGUAUUGGAUUCUUUUUUUCUCAUACAAAUACUCAAAGUUGACAUCCCCUCGUAGCAAAGCUGGGAUGAGCUUUGUGAAGGCUGUAUAUGGUUCAACAUCGGCAUUUAUCUACGUGGUUCUCCUGUAUACUUGUAUAAUCAAAAACUUCCGACCAGAUGAUUCGAUUCAGGGGUGAACUUGGUCAAUUGGAGGUGACUUGUGGGUGG